AUGCCGGUCUUGAAGAUAUCUUUACUUGUUAUGGUCUGGGCUAGCUCUUACGUCGCCUAUACGUCGCCAAACCCAACGCCUCCCAAGUCUUCGUAUCGGAGCAUGGGGCCAAGUCUCUGGGCUUCGCUAUUCCUGCAAAAUCGGUACAGCGGGGCAAGGGCCAUAAUGCAGAAGAUCUUCUUGUCCGGCGUGAUACUGCUCGAAAUCGCAUUCGCAAGCGGGAUACCGAGCAUACGCGAAUCAUUGCCCAGCGUCACAGCUUCGACUCCCCCCAGCUUUAUCUCUCCGUUGUUCAUAUUCGGAGUCGCCUUCGCCCUGUGUGGGGCCCUCGUGCGCCUUUGGUCGUACCGUGCCUUGGGCGUACAGUUCACCUUUCAACUGUCGCUCCUGAAGGAACACAAGCUCGUCAUCACUGGCCCGUACGCUUAUGUGCGCCACCCGUCCUACACGGCCUUGGUCACGACCCUCCUCGGCAUCCUCGUCUGCGAGCUAUCUCCGGGAUCGUGGUACGUGGAGACACGCGCUUUCAACAGCCCUCUCGGUAAGGGCAUGGCGCUGACCGCAAUUUGCUGCUUCGCAAUUGUUCUAUCGGUCGCCUCCCGCGCCCCGAAGGAGGAUCAGUUGCUAUCUGAAAGGUUUGGACGCGAAUGGAAGGAGUGGGAGAAAAGGGUUCCAUAUCGUUAUAUUCCCGGCAUCCUAUGA